AUGCGAGCUUUUCCUGUCAAGAGUCAUGUGGACAAGGAGAAAUUUUUUGAGCAGCAACUUCCAUCAGCCCUCCAGCAACAACAGAUACCGUAUGGCAUGGCUAUGCACUUACUACUUCCUGAGUUGGCGUUAUUGCUCAUGAACAUCAGCGCUUCGGCGUAUCACUGUAACAUCCUCAAGUGCAUCAUGUCCAUUGUAACGCCUUUGUCUACUCCGUCAGGAAGCCUGGUAAACCGCAGCAGUUGCUCAAGAGAGGAGGCGGCGGUGCCGUUACAACUGUUCUCGGAAGUGCUGACCCAUGCUUUUGAUAGCUCGGAUAGGGCCAUCCGAUUCGCCUUGCUUUCCCAGCUACCUGCAGUGCACAGUUUGCUACCUGACGAGUUUUUUGCUCGCACAUGUCGUCAGAGAGCGCUCUAUGGCAUUGAUGUUGUGCGAACGUUUGCUUCUUCUGUGUUCCUUGGCGCUGUAGACCUCUACUGCCUUUGCUCUGCUCGAGCAAAGGAUGCGAGACGCUGCAAGUGUGGCGUGGUGACUUUGCUUACUGCCGCCUCAUCUUGCUUUCUGUCUCCGUCAGCUGCAGUUGUCUCCUCGACCCCAGCAUGCAUCCAUGCCCUAACAGUUGCAGCUAAAGCGAGAGCCGAAGAGCAAACACAUCCAGUACUCCACAGAACAGAAGCAGGAGAUCAGUCAAAUCAACUGGACAAAGGCAAAUGCAAGCCAUCAGAUGGGUGGCUGGCAACAAUGAAGAGCCUGGGACUAACCAUAGGAUUCAGCAAACAACAGCCCGAUUCGGCAGAACUUCUCACGCAUGGAAGCAGGAGGGGCAGCAGCCAUAUUGCAUCUUUGGGAACGAUUGGAGAGACUUCAUCCACUGGAGUUGGCGGGCCUUCUCAUCCUGCACAGCCUCCUCAGCCACCUCCAGCUCCUACUUCCAGUUCGCCCCGUAGCCGGUCAACUGACGACUUUAAAGAUGCACGUGACGACAUGGAGAUUCCAGCGGACGCGUGGGAAACACUCCCAGGCUUUGAAACACAGAAGCAUUCGUCAAGCCCUACUUCUGGGAGCGGCGCUGGUUGGGCCACUGUGCCGCCACGGGAGGGUAUUUUGAACAAUUUUGGGGGCCACCUGGUACAGGAUAGCACUGCAGAGGGCGAAUCUCCGCGGCGUUGUACUGAUGUUCAAGGUUCCGUCGUUAGGAGAGGCUCCAGUGGCAGUGUGCGCAUCCAGACAGCAGGGCCGGCACCGCUAAUGGCUGCCAUUGGAGGAGGAGGCGGGACAAGAUCGAGAGCAAAGAGGGGGCAUUGCGUCCCAGACUCUGCAUCGAACGUGGAGGCCUCCCUCUCAACAGAUGACUUUUUCGCCUCUGUUGAGAGAGAGGCAGCACAGCGGAACCUGUAG